GGCCGAGCUACACCGCGUCCCGGCGUCGCGUCCGGCCUCUCUCUGUCUCUACCUGCAGACGCGUCUCCAGCUGCUCCCCCCUCCACGCGUCGGAUGCGCGCCGGCCGGCUGUGCGCUCCACUGAACUCGUUAGUUCGCUCGAACGACUGCUCGAUUACUCCCGAUAACUUCCGGGCCCGCGGCUAGGAACAGUAUGGGCCGGGUGCGUGUCGCCGUGCCCGCCGGCGGUCCAGAUUACGAGGCUAGUUGUCGCAGAUGACGCGCUCGACGGUCCGGAAUAUGUGACAGUGGGAAGCACCGGUGGCGUGUGGAGGACUAGCUGAGGCGAGAGUGUCUGCGAGGGGGAGACCCGAGUUACCAUGUUGAGUCCGUUCGUGGACCCGAGUCACCACCACCACCUGGCAGCCAUGGGCAUCAAGAUGAGUCCUCCGUCGUCGGCGCUGGUGCACCAGGGCGGCGCCGGCGGCACCGCGGACCACUACCAGGCGUCGUCCGCCUCCGUGGGCGGAAGCGGAGUGACGGCGGGCUACGCGGCGCGCGACUUCCUACUGCGGCGCGACCACCACUCGCAGGAGUUUUCCGCCUCCGGGGCCGGCGUCGCCGCGGCCUCCGGGGGCGGCGGCGAGUCCGGCGCGGGGGCGGCGGCGGUGCUGUUCCCGGCUGCGGCAGCGGCGGCCGCGCUGCACCACGAGGCGGCGGGCCACGUGCUGCCGCACGCGCACCACCACCAGCACCACCACCACGCGCUGGCGUCGCACCACGCGGCCGCCGCGCUCAACCACCAGAUGCGGCUCGGCAUGGACGUGUACGCGGCGCGCGCCGGCGUGGGCGUCGAGCACGGCCACCACGCCGCCUACCACCACGCGCACCACCCGCACCACCCACACGCGCACCACGGGCUGGCGCAGCACUCGUACCCGCACCACGUGGCGGCCGCGGCCAUGCACCACCACCACCAGCAGCAGCAGGCGGCGGCCGCGGCGGCGCACCACGGCGCCUUCUUCCGCUUCCGCCAGCCCGUCAAGCAGGAGAUGUCGUGCAUGUGGGUCGAGCCCGAGCAGCCGCCGCCGCGCAAGACGUGCGCCAAGGCGUUCACGACCAUGCACGAGAUCGUGACGCACCUGACGGUGGAGCACGUGGGCGGGCCCGAGUGCACCACGCACGCCUGCUUCUGGCAGGGCUGCCCGCGCAACGGCCGCCCCUUCAAGGCCAAGUACAAGCUCGUCAACCACAUCCGCGUGCACACGGGCGAGAAGCCCUUCCCCUGCCCCUUCCCCGGCUGUGGGAAGGUGUUCGCGCGCUCCGAGAACCUCAAGAUCCACAAGAGGACGCACACCGGCGAGAAGCCGUUCAAGUGCGAGUUCGAAGGCUGCGACCGGCGCUUCGCCAACAGCUCGGACCGCAAGAAGCACUCGCACGUGCACACGUCGGACAAGCCGUACAACUGCCGCGUGGCGGGCUGCGACAAGAGCUACACUCACCCGUCGUCGCUGCGGAAGCACAUGAAGGUGCACGGCUGCAAGAGUCCGCCGCCGGGCCACCCCGCCUACGACAGCGACGACGACGCUGCCGCCGACGGCGACGACUCCAACUCGUCCGGCUCGGCCGCGUCCGCGGGGGCG